CACUAGCAGCAGCAGCAGCAGCAGCAGACGUGUUUCAAGUGGCACACGCCCAGCUGCCGCGCGGCGCUUCUUAAUUAUUCAACUCGUAUUCAAUUACACGCCGAGUAGCGUAGGAGCGACAGCCCCCUGAGAGGGGCCGGUGUGUCGUGCUCUCAUAAUGCGUCGUAGUUAGUCUCGAACGGACCGACACUAAAGAAGGAAGUUCCGUUAGGGAGUGGACAGAAAAACUGACAAACUUCAUCCUUCAUCUCCCCUUCUCUUGGCUUAGAACUAGCCGCCAUUGGCCGCCCAGCAGCAUGGAGCUGAACGUGCUGUAUGUGAUCCCGUUGCUUUCGGUGUUGCUGGCCCUCUGGGUGUAUCUCACCCGCAACAAUGGCUACUUCAAAGAUCUACCUAUCCCCUGCCUACCGUCGGUGCCACUCUUCGGCAGUAGCGCCCGCUUGAUGCUGAAGCGUAUCUCCUUCCAGGAUUUUGUCCGCGAGAGUUACAACCGCUUUCCGGAUGCACGGAUUUACGGUAUGUUCGAGAUGCUGACACCGAUGUUUGUUGUGCGCGAUCCGGAGCUGAUCAAGCGCAUCACGGUGAAAGACUUUGACCACUUCGUCAACCACCGGUCCAUAUUUGGCACCGCGGAUGAUCCGACGUCCAGUGUGAUGCUGUCGAAAACCCUUUUCGUGCUGAAGGAUCAACGGUGGCGCGAUAUGCGUACGACCCUUAGCCCAACCUUUACCGGGAGUAAGAUGCGUCAGAUGUUUGAACUGAUCGUCGAGUGUAGCACGAGUAUGGUGCAACACUAUCGGGAGCAGGCACGUGAUGGGGGGCCUCGAGUGUACGAGGUGAAGGAUGUGUUUGUGCGCUUCACCAACGAUGUUAUCGCGACGUGUGCGUUCGGUGUGAAGAUCGAUUCGUUCCGCGAUGAUCAGAACGAGUUCUUUCGGUACGGGAAAGAGAUCACGAACUUUGCCCGUCCGCACGUGUUCCUGAAGAUGAUGGGUUAUCUGGUGUUUCCCUGGCUGAUGGAUCGGUUGCAGAUCGAUCUGUUUGAUCGGAAGCACAGCGAAUUCUUUACGGAAGUGUUUCGCCAGUCGGUGGCGGCACGCGAGAAGCACGGUAUCGUGCGGCCCGAUAUGGUGCAUCUGUUGAUGCAGGCCCGGAAUGGGACGCUCCGGUAUCAGGCACCGGAACGGGAGGAGCACGAAGGAUUCGCCACCGCCCAGGAAUCGAGUGCGAUCCGGUCGGAGGGGAAAGUUGUUCUGACGGAACCCGAUAUGGUGGCACAGUGUUUGAUAUUUUUUGUCGCCGGAUUCGACACGAUCGCAACCUGUAUGACGUUCCUGAUGUACGAACUGGCCAUAGCGCCGGACCUACAGGACCGACUGUACGAGGAGGUACAGGAUACGGAAGGCGCGCUCAGUGGAGGCGCACUGACGUACGAUGCGCUGCAGCGGAUGCGUUACCUCGAUAUGGUCGUCACGGAAACACUACGCAAAUGGCUUCCCCAGCCGGCUACCGAUCGGCUGUGUACGAAGGAGUAUGUAGUGCCGGCCGAAGGGGAUCAUCCAGCGAUAACGAUUCCAAAGGGAGCCAACGUGUCCAUUCCGACGGCCGGACUACACUACGAUCCACGCUACUAUCCCGAGCCGGACCGGUACGAUCCGGAACGGUUCAACGAGGAGAACCGACAGAAGCUACAUCCGGCGGUGUAUCUACCGUUUGGCAUUGGUCCACGGAACUGCAUCGGAUCACGGUUCGCGCUGAUGGAGGUGAAAGCGAUCGUUUACCAUCUGCUGCAGGCGUUCCGAUUUGAGCGCACGGAGAAGACACCGGUUCCGAUGCGGCUCAACAAGGGAUUUUCCACGCUGCAGGCUGCCGAUGGUGUCCAUCUGAAGCUGGUGCCGAGAGAUCUAUGAAUCGCUCGUAAGAAGAAUGUUUCAAUAAAGUAUUUGCA